AUGGCCAAGUCGAAGCCGGCGGCGCUCGAAAAGAAACGGACUGCUCCAUGUGACGAUCAAGCACAUUGCCAGGCAAACAAGAAAAGGCCUUAUUGUCCCGAAAGUCCUCGCAAUGAAUGUCCUGGUUUUCCAUUUCUUCUUCCGUCAACUCCCGGAAUGCCAAAUACGCCCAUGACCUACAACAACCGGACCCAUGAUGCUGGUCCCGCACCUUGGGUAUGCAACGAAUGCAUGCGCCACGGUCAAGCAGAAAAACUCGCCAAUUUCGAGAAACGUGCAACUGCAGCACAGCACUCGGGCCCACGAGCUCAGCUUUGCAAGGGAUGCACUCGCGACGAGAUGAAAUUAUACUACGAGCGAUGUAUGGGCCCUAACCCGUGGGACAAUGAUCCAAGUGGUCUGGGUCCAAGGUAUACACAGUGGGUAAACCACUGGCCGACAUCUUUGGCUGCACAUGGUCAUAACGCGCAAGACUUGUGCCUUUGUAAUCGCAAGUACACUAGAGUCACGGAACCACACCAUCGUCACGAGCAUUUCCUGCGUGAACGUACCAAGGCAGUCAUCAAAGGCGAGAAGCUCUGCAGCGGACCGGAUGGUAACGGUGGCACCAAGCCACAUCGUGUACGACCUGCUAUCAUCAAUGCACGGAUGGCGAAGGGUAUAGGACGCAUGUGCCCUUGUGGUGAGAAACCAGUCGAUCAGGACUUCAUCGACAUCUGCUUGGCUUGCAUGGGCGUCAGGGUCAUACCGGAUCGUAUCCCUACGAAGUACCAGCAAAACAACGUGCUGCACGGGAGAAUCACACGGUCUUCGCAACGGAACAAUCGAACCAAGGGACCGGCGAGGGCGGAGAGGGGUUUUCAGUUCAGAGUCAACAUUGAACGGGGAUAUCUUGCUUCAACAGCAGGCGGUGAUCCGGAGCUUAAUCCAGUGCUUCGCCAUUGA